AUGAACGGAGCGCAACACACAAAGGACGAGACAGCGCAGAAGUUGCCGCAAGGCGCACCAGCAUCGCCAGCCCCUUCUAACGGAAGCAGCGCGGCAAUAAAUAAGAAGAGGAAGAAGGACGGGCUCAAACCGAUCAUCACCAAAGACGGCCCUGGAGCCACCCACCUCGGUUCGACCAUGACACACUCACCAACUUCCCCAUCCUCCCCCGAGGACCCUGCCGAAAACACCGCCGAUGAGGAAGACUCGGAAGACUACUGCAAAGGAGGGUACCACCCAGUCACAAUCGGGGAGAAGUUCAAGGACGGGAAGUACACCGUCGUACGGAAACUCGGUUGGGGCCACUUUUCGACCGUGUGGCUGUCAAGAGACAAUAACACGGGGAAACACGUCGCACUGAAGGUCGUCCGCUCCGCCGCCCAUUACACCGAAACCGCCAUCGACGAGAUCAAACUGCUCAACAAGAUCGUCCAGGCGAACCCGAAUCACCCCGGCCGCAAACAUGUCGUCAGCUUGCUGGAUUCAUUUGAGCAUAAGGGCCCCAACGGCACCCAUGUCUGCAUGGUCUUUGAGGUAUUGGGGGAGAACCUGUUGGGAUUGAUCAAGAAGUGGAAUCACCGAGGUAUCCCGAUGCCUCUGGUCAAGCAAAUCACGAAACAGGUGUUGUUGGGGCUGGAUUACCUGCAUCGGGAGUGCGGCAUCAUUCACACCGAUCUCAAGCCCGAGAACGUCCUCAUAGAGAUUGGCGAUGUCGAGCAGAUCGUGAAGCGGGUCGUCAAGAGCGAAACCAACGACAAGGAGAACAAUCGGAAUGGUCGCCGGAGGAGGAGGACCCUUAUCACAGGCAGCCAGCCCCUCCCGUCACCGUUAAAUGCAAGCUUCAACGCCAGCAACCUGUUCCCAUCCCCAGGUGCCCAAAGCUUGGGCCAGAUGCUGCAGGAGGGGAACAAACCAAAAGACACGUCACCUAAGCAGGACGCGGAGAACACAGAGGAUAACCAAAAGCAGCGGGAAAAAACAGCCGAUAUCCUUACUAGGGAAGUUUCCGGUAUUUCUCUCGACAAGACUGCGACACCGACCUCGACAACGGGCGAGAAGCGCAAGGCCGACGAUAUGCAGGCGUUUGACAUCAUCAGCGUCAAGAUUGCGGAUCUCGGCAAUGCGUGCUGGGUUAACCACCAUUUCACCAACGAUAUCCAGACGCGCCAGUACCGGUCGCCGGAGGUUAUUCUCGGGGCUAAGUGGGGGGCGAGUACAGAUGUUUGGAGCAUGGCGGCCAUGGUCUUUGAGCUCAUCACGGGCGACUACCUCUUCGACCCUCAGUCUGGCACGAAGUAUGGCAAAGACGACGACCACAUCGCGCAAAUCAUCGAACUUCUCGGCCCAUUCCCAAAAUCCCUCUGCAUGACAGGGAAAUGGUCGCAAGAGAUCUUCAACCGUAAGGGGGAGCUGCGCAACAUCCACCGUCUGCGCCACUGGGCACUGCCUGACGUCCUCCGGGAGAAGUAUCACUUUAAGGAGGAUGAAGGCCGUCGCAUCGCCGACUUUUUGACCCCCAUGCUCGAGCUCAUGCCGGAGAAGCGGGCCAAUGCCGGCGGCAUGGCGGGUCACGGCUGGCUGGAGGACACGCCGGGGAUGAAGGGCGUGAAGAUUGAGAAGGUGGAGGUGGGCAGCCGGGGUGAGGGUAUAGAAGGGUGGGCCAAUGAAGUCCGGAAGCGGUAA